UGAUCUUAAAUAUGAAAAUGCUAAUGUAAAAAACUGAAAACGUAUAGUUUUAAUAGCAACAUGUGUUACUAAAGUGCUAGAGGAUUUCGAGUUAUAGAAGAUAAAUAAUAUGGACGUUAUUCGUCGUACAACCAUAAACCUGCAAAGCCCCUGUGUUAUGAUUAAAAACUGCUUUUUUGUAUUUUAAAAGUGAGAAAGAAGAAGUUAAAUAUCAUGGCAGCCGUAAAACGAUUUCUUUGUGUAUACAGUUGUAUGCUAAUCCUUCUGGAACAAUCGACAUGUCAGUCAAUAAGGCCGCAAUCGCAGACUUACUUUCCUUCGCUGUUAUCAAACAAAUCAAGGUCAAAACGAGAUGUGUCUCAAAACAUGACAAGUUCCAGCACCACAACUCCACCGGGAGUCAAUGCAUCGUACGCGAAUGUUUCAUCUACGGAAAAUACGAAUGUUGUUUACGAAAUCGGACCUUCAAAUACAUCGAUCCUUUCUGUGGUGCCUGUAAAUGUUUCGGCGUCUUCGUUGCCGAACGUUUCCGACGCGAGUCCUUCCGACGCAGCUCCUCUGCCCGGCAAAAGCUCUGCAGAGGAUGAACAUAACAGCUCAAUGGCCAUCUUUUUCGUACUUUGUAUAUUAGCUCUGGGGAUCCUUCUCAUUCAUCUGAUGCUGCAGACAGGAUUUUCUUACUUACCUGAAAGUAUUGUUAUCGUCUUUCUCGGUGCAUUAAUCGGAAUGAUAAUCAAUUUAAUGUCCAUUAGGAAUAUAGCAAAUUGGAGAAAAGAGGAGGCCUUUUCACCGACUGCAUUUUUCCUGGUCCUUCUUCCUCCAAUUAUAUUUGAAUCUGGAUAUAACCUCCACAAAGGCAAUUUCUUUCAAAACAUCGGUUCAAUACUACUGUUUGCUAUUGUCGGUACUGCUAUUUCUGCUUUUGUAAUCGGAGCUGGUAUAUAUUUGCUGGGACUGGCGCAGGUAGUUUACAAACUAAGUUUUGUGGAGUCCUUCGCUUUUGGUUCACUAAUAUCAGCCGUGGACCCCGUGGCAACGGUUGCUAUAUUCCAUGCGCUAGAUGUAGAUCCAGUCCUGAACAUGUUGGUAUUCGGAGAGAGCAUCCUCAAUGACGCCGUUGCGAUAGUGUUGACAACAGCAGUGUUGGAUUCCAAUGAUCCUCUCAUGUCAACUACAGAGGCCAUCUUAUCUGCUAUAAACCGGUUCUGGUUAAUGUUCUUUGCUUCUGCCGGCAUAGGAGUUCUGUUUGCACUCAUCAGUGCCCUUCUGUUGAAGCAUGUGGACUUGAGAAAGAACCCCUCACUUGAGUUUGGUAUGAUGUUAGUGUUCACAUAUGCACCAUAUGUGUUAGCUGAAGGAAUACAUUUGUCAGGUAUAAUGGCAAUAUUGUUCUGUGGUAUUGUCAUGUCUCACUACACCCAUUUCAAUUUGUCAACUGUUACUCAAGUCACCAUGCAGCAAACUAUGAGGACCCUUGCAUUUAUUGCUGAGACCUGUGUGUUUGCUUACUUGGGCCUGGCUAUCUUUAGUUUCAAACAUCGCGUGGAACCAGCAUUGGUGGUUUGGAGUCUCAUUUUGUGUUUACUGGGGAGAGCAGCUAACAUAUUUCCUCUUGCACUGCUGUGUAAUAAAUUCCGUGAACAUAAAAUCACAAAGAAAAUGAUGUUUAUAAUGUGGUUCAGUGGUCUGCGCGGGGCGAUCUCGUACGCGCUGUCUCUUCACCUGGACUUCUCGGACGAGACGCGGCACGUCAUCAUCACAACUACGCUCAUCAUCGUGCUCGUCACUACGCUGUUCUUUGGAGGCUCUACGAUGCCUUUACUCAAAUUUUUAAGGGCUAACAAGAAAACCAAGCGUUCGCGCUCUCAACGGAAACAGAAGGAAGUCAGCUUGUCCAAAACCAAGGAGUGGGGCCAGACCAUAGACUCGGAGCACUUGUCGGAGAUCACAGAGGAGGAAUUAGAGGUGAACUACUCGCAUGCGUCUCGGCUGAAAGGCUUCGUCCGUCUUGACCUGAAAUAUUUGACUCCGUUCUUCACUCGGCGGUUCACACACCAGGAGUUGAAGGACUGCAAGAGUCAGAUGACGGACCUGACCAACCAGUGGUACCAGGCCAUCAGGAUCUCCAACGACCACGACACGGACGAGGACGAGCUGCAGACCAGCUCGAUGUCCAACUCGCACACCAGCCUGCAGCGCGGCGUCUGAGCGGGACGCAUAUAUUUUUCAUGCACCUCCUUUUUUCAUUAAUUUUUCUUAGUUUAAAACAGUUGUGUGCGGACAGUUUUGAAAAAAAUACUUAGAUUGUUCAGUCACUGCGCUCCUUCGCACUGUGCUGAUUAUCUUGUUUUAGUGCAAUAUAAAAUUUAUUUUAUAAAAAUACUUACUUAAAGUAUUAAUAUGGUUUUUUACCAAUAUUAUUUUAAAUGAGCCAUUUGUGUCAAGCGGACUAAUAACAUGGCUAUAAUAUAGAUAAAUAAAAAUAAUAGGCCAAUGGUCGAGGACGUUAUUUCGAACCAUUGGUCUAUUGUUAAAAAUUAGUACAAUUUUUGUUUGUGAGAAUUAUUUAUUUUAAAAUUAAGCUAUGGUACUUAAUAAUAUAAUUAUUGGUAUCUCUGAAAAUGAAAUGUUAUGAACUAAUAUAAAUGUCCCUUAAAAUUUUUAACAUAAA